ACUCUUUGUUUUGGGGGGUGGGCGGGAUCCGCGCCUCAGAAACGGGCCAGGCCAGUAGGUUUCAGUUUGGGUUGCCUACUAGUUUUGAAAGGAAACUGGAAAACAGUUGGAAUUGAAUUGCUAACUGGGAAUCUUUUGCUGAGGAAAAAUGCCAGCUGUGAAAGUUUUGCAGCCUGUACUAAAAAUGAAAGUGGAUGAGCUCUUUUUGUGCUGGUUGAGUGAGACUGCAACACAGAUGAUGCUCAAGGACUAUUUAAGAAGCAUAACCAGUGAAGAGAAAAUUGAAAUUGGUUCUGGUGAUGCUGGGGACAAUAAACAUAUUUUUACUGAGAUAAAUUGUCUCUCCAAGCAGAGCAUGUUAGGCAAUUUGAUGUCUCCUUUAAUUCCUACAAGUCCUCCUGUUCUUUCUGCUGCUCUUCCAUUGGGAACACCAACAAGCCCUCGAAGCUUUUCCAGUAGUCGAGGAGUUCGUAGACCUUCAAGUACCAGAAUGGUUCAGUCAAAGAAAGAAGAACCACUAACACCAGCUUUAAGCCAAAACAUUCCAACAUUUUAUUUCCCUCGAGGAUGUCCACAAGAAAAAGUCAAUAUUGAUGUGGUCAUUGCAAAAGUAGAACAAACUUUCGCUCAGUUUCCAAAUGAGAGAGCAGCAUUAGAAGACAUGGGGAAGGUUGCCAAGGCAUGUGAAUGCCCUCUCUAUUGGAAGGGUCCCCUAUUUUAUUGUGCUGGAGGGGAACGAACAGGAUUUGUAUCAGUUCAUAAAUUUGUUGCAAUGUGGCGAAAGAUACUACAGACUUGUCAUGAUGCUGCUGCAAAGUUUGUUCAUCUUUUAAAGAGUCCCGGUUGUAACUAUUUGGUACAAGAAGACUUCAUUCCACUUUUGCAGGAUGUUGUUAAUAGUCACCCUAGUCUCGUCUUCUUAAAAGAAGCAUCAGAAUUUCAUUCUCGGUACAUUACCACAGUAAUACAGAGGAUAUUUUAUACAGUAAAUAGGUCCUGGUCAGGAAGAAUCACUUGUAAUGAGCUUAGAAAGAGCAGCUUUUUGCAGAAUGUGGCAAUGCUGGAAGAGGAAGUUGAUAUUAACCAGCUGACAGAAUAUUUUUCUUAUGAGCACUUCUAUGUAAUUUACUGCAAAUUUUGGGAGCUGGAUACAGACCAUGACCUUUAUAUUGAUCCAAAGGAUUUAGCACAGCAUAAUGAUCACGCCAUAUCUAAUCGGAUGAUAGAAAGGAUUUUCUCAGGCGCUGUAACAAGGGGCAAGAAAGCACAAAAAGAAGGAAAAAUCAGCUACGCAGAUUUUGUGUGGUUUUUAAUAUCUGAAGAAGACAAAAAGACAGCAACCAGCAUGGAAUACUGGUUUCGCUGCAUGGAUCUUGAUGGAGAUGGCAUAUUGUCUAUGUAUGAACUGCAGUACUUUUAUGAAGAGCAGUGUCAAAAACUGGACAAUAUGGCUAUUGAACCUCUGCCAUUUGAAGACUGUCUUUGCCAGAUGCUUGAUCUUGUGAAGCCAGAGUGCGAAGGGAAAAUAACUCUUCGUGACUUAAAGAAGUGUAAGAUGGCAAAUGUGUUCUUUGAUACCUUUUUCAAUAUUGACAAAUAUUUAGAUCAUGAGCAGAAGGAUCAGUUUUCUAUAUUGCGGGGUGUUGAAAAUGAAAACCAAGAAAUGUCUGACUGGGAAAAAUAUGCUGCUGAAGAAUAUGAUGUUUUGGUUGCAGAGGAAGCAGCUAGUGACCAGUGGAAUGAUUGUUAUGAACCAGAAUUGAACCCUGGAGACCAUCAGAAGACCAACGUUCUAAAAUACCAGAUGGAGAAAAGGCCUUUCUUUGACAUGCCUUCACAUUUGGCUGAUGUGGACUUGGAUGACUAUGACUAUGAUGAAGACUUUGAAUAAACUGUGCUCCCCAGUUUGAAUAAGGACUGUCUGCAGCAGGUCUGCUGAAUCCACAGAGAGCUUUGUUUCUGCGAGGGAGAAAGUAAACUUAGUUGUUUGGCUGCCAAGAUUAAUAUUUUAAUCAUUUAGAUAAUAUUUUGAAGAAAACAAAGUGAGUUUGUAUGGAAUGACACUUUUUGUAUUUAUUCAACAGAUUGUUGAUUGUAAAGUACUUAACUUAUUUAUAGAAAGAUCAUUCUUCCUUUAAGGAAUUAGAUUAUCUUAGUGUUUAAAGUAAACUUUCUGGUUUGUUUUGUUUUUUACAUGGUACUAGAAUUCUUCCUAAUUCCUUCCUGUAUGUAAUAGCUGAGGCUAGAAUUAUCGCUCUUGCAGCCUCUCAGCAGAAAUCCAGUAACUUUGCCAGAAUUCAGAGAGAAACGGGUCACAGCCAGGAGUGAAGAUCAUGGCUAAUUUCUCAAGAGUCAUUGCUUAGACAAGCUGGAUAGACUGUACAUGUGGCAAAAUAUGUCAUGCUCCGAGAAAAAACUGUACCUUUCUUGCCUUUCUCCUCCUCUUGCUCCUUUUCGUUCUGUUCUCUUGAUGCCCAUUACAAAACUAGCUUUUAUCUCUCACACGACUGCAGUGAAUAUUUUUAUUCCCAUGUCAAAGGAACCAAUUUUUAAACAUUAUGUAAGUUUUACUUGAUCUGUUAUGUGCACUGACCUUGUGAUGGGCAUUUAGUGUGUUUCUUCAAUGGUUAGCUAUUGACACAUUCCAUAAAUAUUCAUACCAGUGGUGUCAGAGCAGCUGAACGGUUUGAUGCUUCACUUGCCUACAUAAGGUGAGAGUGCUUACUGGACAAGCCUGAUGUUGCUACUCCAAAAUCAUAAUGGUUUGUAGUGCCUUAAAUUAUCCCAAUAUUCAUCUGAAAAACUGCAUAUAAGCAAAACUCUUGAUGUUAGAUUGUCAUGUAAAGAAAGAAAAGAUGUAAGUUAUUUUGGUUGCAGUGCAGAUGCAUUUAAAAUACGUUGGUUAUUUUCAAAUAAAAAAUUUUCAUAUACAUAA